CAUGUUUACUGGGUCAAUUUUCGUUCCAGAAAUCGAUUCGUCACCUUUGAUUUGGGAAUGUGACAAAAUCAAUCUGGGGAUGUAGUUUUGUCGAUUCUCUAUGACUUUUUGUCUGAUUUAUUUCUUCCGGGGAUUCAACUCUUGUUCCACGUUCUAAGUCACGGCAUUGGAUGGUUUCAUUUUCCCACGCAGGCGAGAGAGAAAGAGAGAGGCGAUUAUUUGGUUGACUUGUUUUCGAUCUCAGAUGGGGAUUUUAUGCAGCACUUGGUGUCUCAAUUAGGGUCAAAAACAGAGACCUCUCGGGUGGUUAUCAGAUUAUAUAAAAAAAAAGGGUUCUUGAAUGAACUUGAAAAUGGAUAAUGUAAUUGGUGGCAAGUUUAAGCUUGGUCGCAAGAUCGGUGGUGGCUCUUUCGGAGAGCUUUUUCUAGGCGUAAGUGUGCAAACGGGAGAGGAAGUCGCUGUUAAGCUGGAGCCUGCGAAAACAAAGCAUCCCCAGCUUCAUUAUGAGUCGAAGAUAUACAUGCUUCUACAAGGAGGAACUGGCAUUCCCAGCCUAAAGUGGUUCGGGGUUCAGGGAGACUACAAUGCGAUGGUCAUUGAUCUGCUUGGCCCGAGUCUUGAAGACUUGUUCAACUAUUGUAAUAGGAAACUCACUUUGAAGGCAGUCUUGAUGCUUGCAGAUCAACUGAUUAGCCGAGUGGAAUACAUGCAUUCGAGGGGGUUUCUUCACCGCGACAUAAAGCCAGACAAUUUCUUGAUGGGACUUGGUCGCAAAGCAAACCAGGUGUAUGUCAUUGAUUUUGGCCUUGCAAAGAAGUAUAGGGAUCUCCAAACACAUAGGCACAUCCCCUACAGAGAAAACAAGAACCUUACGGGCACAGCUCGGUAUGCUAGCGUCAACACUCACCUUGGAGUUGAGCAAAGUCGGAGGGAUGAUCUGGAGUCUCUUGGUUAUGUGCUCAUGUAUUUCCUGAGAGGAAGCCUUCCGUGGCAGGGACUAAAAGCCGGCACAAAGAAGCAGAAGUAUGACAGAAUUAGCGAGAAGAAAGUUUCAACUCCUAUAGAGGUCUUGUGCAAGUCAAGUCCACCCGAGUUCGUAUCAUACUUUCAAUACUGCAGAUCUUUGCGAUUCGAAGACAAACCCGACUACUCAUAUCUAAAGAGGCUGUUCCGAGAUUUGUUUAUUCGUGAAGGUUAUCAGUUUGACUAUGUAUUCGACUGGACUGCAUUGAAACACCCUCAGAGUAGCUCCACUUCUCGUUCCAGCUCCCACGGAAGGCAUCGUACCGGUAAACCGGUGAUAGCCGCUGCUGGACCGUCUGCUGAAAAACCUGAAAGGAUUUCAGUUGGGAGGGAGAUCCGCGACAGAUUCUCAGGUGCGGUCGAAGCAUUCGCGAGAAGGAACGUUACAGGAACCAGCCCCCAACAAAACCAUACCAGAAAUCGAACUCUUGACGAUGUUCCUUCACCUAUGAAACCUGUUGUGAAUAUGGUAUCUGAGAAAGGAAGAAACACUUCCAGAUACGGCAGUGCUUCGAGGAGAGCGGUGGCCUCGGGAAGCAGACCGAGCUCAUCAGGUGACCAAGGUGAGAGCCGCGGCUCGAGCCGUGUGGCCUCAAGCGGUAAUGGUGGUGGCGGUGGCCGAACAUCUGUCUUCCAGAGAACACAAGCGGCAGCUCCUGUGAGUGGAUACGACUCGAAGACGGCCUCUGCCUUUAACCGUAACCGAGUCACUGCUUCUAGGACCGCACGUGACGAUGCUCUCAGAAGCUUCGAGCUUCUUUCGAUCCGCAAAUGAAGCCCUUCAAUGGGCUCUUUGAUGUAAAUUGGAUUCUUCUCUCUACACAUGUUGUUUGGUCUCCCUACGUUUCCACGAAACUCCCCAUUUUUCAUGUAUUAUGAUGUGAUGCUCUCUGGAUUUUUGUAUUAAUUUCAACGCUCUUCUGUUAUUGUAAUCACGACCAGUUCUGAGCUUGAUUCUGCAUACUCCGUCUUCUUGUGUGUUUUGACUUUUAUUUCUAUAUAUAGAACCCAAUUGAUCAGUAAUUAUUACCAGUUCACUUCUUAC